UUUGGUUUAAAACUCCUACCUUUCGUAUAUAUCCAAAUAAUUCCCGCAGACCGCAGAGAAGCCCUAUUAUUUCCGCCGACCGCAGUUCCUUUUCUUGGCAUCUUCUCUUCUAAUAUCCGCGACUCCUUCCGGGGGUGUUUGGAACUGAUUCUGCUUCUAAAAAAACUGAUUCUAGGAGUAAAUUAGAGCACCAGAAUCACUUCUGCAUUUUCAGCCAAACACUCCAACUUCUUCUUCUUCUCCCUCAGCAAUGCAAUGAACCCUAGAGCUAAGCUGGUAUUUGAUCAGGUCCUGAACAACCGAUUUAUUGAUUCGUUACCGAUCUAGCCAGCAAUUUCUGUUGCUUCAAACUAAUCGAAAGCUGCGCAAAACUGCUCACCAUCUUCUCCUUUGACAUGGAAAGAAGAGAGUUGGAGGCAAGGCUAUGGCGGUGUUUGCUUCUUGUAGUCUGUUUCGUCGAAUUCACGAUGAUCAUGGAUAUAUUUGGAUGGAAAUUGGACGUGCUGUUAUUUGUUGGAGCCAAUAUAGAAAUCUGGAAGUGUAUGCUGACCAUUCAGUUUUGUGUUGUUCCCGUGGAGGAAAAAUAUGGAUUGAUGGGAAGGACUGUAAAGUGCGCAUUGGAGCUUUUCUCUGUGGGCUUAGCUAUGGCAAUGAGCUAUAUAUUACCAUAUAACAUCGAACACGCUGUUGUAUUGGCUUGUUGGAGCUUGCAAUUCUAUGGAUGGAGCCGGCUAUUAGGUUGUUAUGACUUGGGUGCUUGGGAAGUGUUUGUGACAGUACCAAUGCAGGUCUUUCUGUAUUGCUUUUUUGCAGGGUUGAUGAACAAGGAGAUGAGCAGCAAUAAUCGUUUUUUGCUCUCUGCUAUGGCACUUGGCUUCUUGGGCAGUCUUUCUAUUUACCGUUUUCGCACCUAUACCCCUCCUCCUCCUCCUCAAAUCGCAGAAGAAUAUGAUGUGCUACCUGAUUGUUAACUUCUCCACCUAUAUUUUCACAUCGUCAC